GGGAGGAGGAGGGGGAGGCGCUUUGUUCCUCCCGGUACCGGGGAUCGCCGCCGGCUCCCCCUCCCCGCCCCCGCCGCCAUCCGCCCGUGGAUGGCGGGGCCGGGAUCGCCCCCUCCGCCGCUCGGAGCGCUCGGUGCGGCGGGAACCCCCCCCUCGGGACCCCGCGGUGUCCCCAGCGCCGCCCCGGUGCCAUGGCCGCUGUCACCGUGCUGCUGGCGCUCGUCACCGCCGCCACCCGCGCCGCUGGCAGCCCGGGGGCAUCGUGGAGUGCUGUGCCCAGGAGGACCGUGCCCUACGAGGAGCUGCAGGACACUGCCCAAGCGCUUCUCCCAGGGCGGGGUGUCUCACUACCUGACGCUGACGCUGGACGAGGCCGAGGCGCUGCUCUACGUGGGUGCCCGCGAGGCCGUGUUCGCCCUGGCCACGGGCACCGUGGAGCUCAAGGCGGCGAUCUCCUGGGAGGCGCCCGUGGAGAAGAAGGCGGAGUGCGUGCAGAAGGGCAAGAACAACCAGACCGACUGCUUCAACUACGUGCGCUUCCUGCAGAGCUACAACAGCUCCCACCUGUACGCCUGCGGCACCUACGCCUUCCAGCCCAAGUGCACCUACAUCGAGCUCUCCGGCUUCACCCUGGACCCGGUGGCAUUCGAGGACGGCAAAGGCAAAUGUCCCUACGACCCCACCAAGGGCCACACCGGCCUCAUCGUGGACGGGGAGCUCUACUCUGCCACCUUCAACAACUUCCUGGGCACGGAGCCCGUCAUCCUGCGCAACCUGGGCCCGCACUACUCCAUGAAGACAGAGUACCUGACCUCGUGGCUCAACGAGCCCCACUUCGUGGCGUCGGCCUUCGUGCCCGAGAGCGCGGGCAGCGGCGACGACGACAAGGUUUACUUCUUCUUCAGCGAGCGCGCCGUCGAGUACGACUGCUACGCCGAGCAGGUGGUGGCACGGGUGGCACGGGUCUGCAAGGGUGACGUGGGCGGCGCGCGCACGCUGCAGAAGAAGUGGACGUCGUUCCUGAAGGCGCGCCUGGUGUGCUCGGCGCCCGAGCAGCAGCUGCACUUCAACCGCCUGCAGGCCGUGUUCACGCUGCCCGGCGCCCGCUGGCAGGACACCGCCUUCUUCGGCGUCUUCCAGGCCCGCUGGGGUGACGUGGACGUGUCUGCCAUCUGCCGCUACCCCAUCCUGGAGGUGAAGAAGGCCUUCGAGGGGCCCUACAAGGAGUACCGGGAGCAGGCGCAGAAGUGGGGGCGCUACUCGGGCGUGGUGCCCACGCCCCGGCCCGGCGCGUGCAUCACGGACUGGCACCGGCAGAACGGCUUUGCCAGCUCGCUGGAGCUGCCCGACAACACGCUCAACUUCGCCAAGAAGCACCCGCUGAUGGACGAGCCGGUGCCACCGCAGCGCGGGCGCCCGCUGCUGCUCAAGAGGGAUGCCAACUUCACCCAGCUGGUGGUGGACCGCGUGGCAGGGCUGGACGGGGCCACCUACGAGGUGCUCUUCAUUGGCACAGGUGACGGCUGGGUGCACAAGGCGCUGGAUUUGGGCACCCGCAUCCACCUGGUGGAGGAGCUGCAGGUGUUCGAGCCGGCUCAGCCCGUGGAGAGCCUGGUGCUGGCGGGCACCAAGAAGCUGCUGUUCGCCGGGUCCCGCUUGCAGGUGGCACAGCUGCCCCUGGCAGAGUGCGGGCGCUACCAGUCCUGCACCGACUGCGUGCUGGCACGGGACCCCUACUGCGCCUGGAGCCGCAACGGCAGCGCCUGCGUGCGCACCGACGGGCACAACGGCUCCCACCUGGUGCAGGACGUGCUGAGCUCCGACACCGGUGCCUGCUCCGUGCCACAGGUGGCCAAGCAAGGCCCCCUGACCCCCAAGAACGUGACGGUGGUGGCGGGCACCGACCUGGUGCUGACGUGCCGCCUGGCCUCCAACCUGGCGCGCGCCCUCUGGACCUUCGAGGGCCGGGCGCUGGCGGCGCAGCAGGUGCUGGUGCUGGGCGAGGCGCGGCUGCGGGCGCUGGUGGUGCCCGGCGCGGGCGCCCAGCACAGCGGCACCUACCGCUGCCUGGCCGAGGAGCAGGGCGCCCGCCUGCCCGCCCAGGAGUACCGGGUGGCCGUGCUGGCCGGCCCGGGGGCGCCGCUGGAAACGCGGGCGCCGCUGGAGAGCCUGGGCGUGGUGUGGGUGCUGGCCGUGUGCCUGGGCGCCCUGUGCCUGCUGCUGCUGCUGGCCGUGCUGUCGCUGUGGCGCCGGCUGCGCCACGAGCUGGGCAAGGGCGCCAAGGCCAUCGAGAGCACGCUGGUGUACCCCAUCGAGCUGCCCAAGGAGCCGCCCAGCCCGCGCUUCGUGCCCAGCGCCGCCUCCGACUCGGACGAGAAGCUCUGGGACCCCUCCAGUUACUACUGCUCGGACGGCUCGCUGAAGAUCGUGCCGGGCCACGCCAGCACGGCGGGCACCGCCUGCUGCCGCAACGGCGGCGCCGCCUCGCCGCCCGCCGCCGUGCCCGGGCAGCCGCUGCACUCGCCCACCCGCAUCCACCUGGGCCCGCUGCGCGGCUCGGCCUCCAACGGCUACAUCCGCCUGGCGCUGGGCACCGAGCAGCGCCCCGCCUGCGCCGACCUGGCCGAGGAGCUGCGGCGCAAGCUGCAGCAGCGCCAGCCCCUGCCCGACUCCAACCCCGAGGAGUCGUCGGUGUGAGCCGUGCCCGCCCCCGCCCCGCCAGCCGGCGCGGCACCGCGGGGCAGCGCGGCACAGCUGGCACCAGGAUCCGGCUGGGGACGGGCGGCUGGCAUCAAAACCUGGCUGGGGAUGGACACCUGGCAUUGGAACCCAG